CCGAGAAGGAUCUUUUGGACAGGAUGGGCGAUAUGACAUUACUCGCCUGUUUCGGACUUUUUGCCAAUCCCACUACUGUCUGGCGCGAAUAUAGUUCGAUGCACAUCGACCAAGGAUUGAGGUACUAUAAUCCUCUGAAAGGCAUUACGAGUACCGUGGAAGUAGGACAAGUACAUCAAUUCCUUGUGGCUUUAAGCAAGGGAUACACUAAAUCAGGUAUUGUGGUGCGACUAAAAACGCUCCCCAAAAGACAAUGGCUUCCGACUUCGUUCUCUUGGGAGUGGUUUAUUGUCAGGCCCUUGUUAUUGAUAGUCAUGAUUUACGUCGCUGGCGUGACGUUAGAUUACGUAGCCAUUGGGGCGCUAUGUUCACUUCUUGUGGGACAAGCCAUUGCAGUCGUGACUAGCAUUGCGGACGGCCCACUAACGCGGACGGAGGAGCAAACAGAGGAGCAGUCAAAUGUAUUCUUUAUGGCUAAUGGUGUGACCAUCAUCGUCAAGGCCCCAGGUCAACUCUUUAUCGAAGCCACGUCGUUCAAAGUACCAGGGAAAGCCAACUCACCAGAAUCCUUGCGGCUCGUUUCCAUGAUGUUCUUCAUGGGAGGUGUGCUUCUUGUUGGAAUGUCUGGGAUGUUGUUCCGGAUCUCGUAUCUUGCUGGGCAUAUAAUCCAAGCCGGCAUACUGGUACUUGCCCGUCGGCGGUCAUUACGACAGCAAACUGUGAAUAGGGUGGAGUGGAUCGUGGAGACCGACAAGGUCCAGGGGUCGCUGAAUUGCAGGAGAGACAGCUAUGUGUGGGCUGUUAGGGAAGUACGGCGGCAGCCCUGGGAUGAUAUGGAAUGGCUGCGGAUAUGGAACCUUGCUACUGGAGAAACAUUUUCCUACGUAGAACAGGCGCUAGCGAGUAGUAUCAGCUCAAACGACGAGGAUAGGAGCAUAGAGGAUGGGGUUGUUACCAUACCUCAGGCUCAUAAUACUUAAGUUAUUCCUACCACAAUCUCUCGUCCGUCUUGCCAUUAGUGUUUCUCACCUUCAGCGUUCAUUUCUUCCAUUUCUUGUACUUGUAACUUUGUAAGAUUAUAUAGGUUUUAUCUCUUGAAUUUAUUCUUAACCUAGG